UAGUACCCACCACAUGAUUAAUUAGUCUUACUAUAUAUUUGUAUAAAUAAAAUCCUUAUUGCCACAAGAAUCACAAAGCACAACAAGAUUCCUCUCUCAAAUAAUAUAUCUACUACUUAUUACCACAUUAGUGUCUUCAUCUUUCUCCAAAGGCCAAAGACAAGAAAAUUUUGGCUUAUUACAGACAGCACAUAUAGUUCCUUCUAUAUGUUGUCUAUUUGACCAAAAAAAUGUCUCACUUGUACAGUCUUAAAGAAUCUCUCUUUUAAAUAUAUUUCCACUAACAUGCAGAUCCUUCAGUGGCUUUUCAAGAAUGCAAAUGAGACCAAUUUUAAAACCAAUUCUAGCAAGAAGGAAGUUGUUACCGGUGAGGAAGUGAAAUCGCAAGAGAUAGUGAUGUUUGAGAUUUCUCGGAAAAAGAGAAAUCGAACUGAAAAAUCAGCAAAAUCAAGCUGCAAGAUCCUCAAUUUGUUCAACAAAUUACGCAGAAAGGACAUCUCGACAAAUUAUUUCUACAGCACGAUUCAUCUAAAGAGAUUGGGAAGUAAACAGGGAUUUGUACAUUGCAUGAAGAUGAAAAAACAGUGUCUUACUCGUGGAUUAAGCUUUCGUCGAAAAGCAGAUUCUGCCACAGCCAAAGUUUUGCCAGUUAGUGAUGCAGUAGGAACACCAGCAUCAAAAAAUGGUCAUAAUUUCAGUGCAGAUAAGAAGGAAAAAGCUAUUGGAGACAAAAUCAAGACAGUUUCAAAGAUGAAGGAACUAAUAAGAUGGACGGCUGCUGCUAAGUCACAAAAGGGACGAAAAUACUUUGGUCGAAAGGUUCUGCACUUACACGAUAGGUCGUACUUAAAGACAGUACCAGAUGAUGAUCAUGAUCAGCUUAGCUAUGACUCUCCCAAGAUCAGCUACAGAUGGGAUGCUGAUCAAAGUUACUCUACAAUUUCAGCCAGUUCCUUGACAAAAAAUGACCAAUCUAUCAACACUUCCCCUUUAAACUCAACUGUGGUCUAUAUAGAUCAGUGUCCUGCAGAAACUAGAAAAGGGAAUUGGAUCACCACGGAUUCUGAAUUUGUGGUACUAGAGCUAGAGCUAGAGCUAUGAAGAAGAUUGGUGGUCUCUUAUGCCACGUAGUAAUUGCUUAUCAACGUUGCUACUUUGAUGUAACGGUCUAUGUUUAACGCACAUGACACUCACCUUAUACGUCAAUUUUAUAUUCUAACCAACAGUCAACGACGAUGACAUUAAAUUU